AUGUGUGAGGUGCGGCUCCUUGGACGAACCCGUUCUUCGUACGACUGUGGGGGUGGAGAGAGAGAGAAAGGAAUACAGUUGGCGGGCGGCUUGGUUGUUGCUUUGGCUGCAUGGAUACCCCGGAGCAAGGCAUGUCCGUCCAGGGCGGCAAAUACCAAACAGACCAGGGUGUAUUGCGAAAGGCAGGCUGGCUGUCGGCUCCGAUUUGGUUUGCAUCGAUGGGACCCCCAAAACAUGCACGUGCUGGGUGAGAUGAAAGUCGGCACUGGGAGAGAAGUUGAAAGCAGCGUUCGAGAACCAUCGGAGAGAAACACAAUGCAAGUCCGAGCUAGGAGAAGUUGGCGACCGACAGCCCGCUGCGCUUGGCAGCCCCAUCGCGUCCUUCUUUUAUUCUACCAUACUAAAUCCAUUGUCGUGAAAAACCCAGACCUAAGUCCACCCUUUGCAAAGCGAGGACAUGAAACCGAAGAAGCAGGAAGAGGCAGAGAGCAGCCAACCGGCUGGCUAAAGUACGUGAGCGCAUCUGGGUGCCUCGGGGGGACUCGGCAACCAGAACCUGCAUGGAGCAUGGCGUGUCUCCAUCAAACACAGUCCGACUUUCUCGAGGAACGAAAGGAGCUGUCGAGCCGAGACUCGAGGACGAAAAAAACGAACCAUCGGCCGCUUCUCCAACUAACGUGCCGCUCCAGGGAAUCGAAUCCAACCUUCAUGAGGAACGAAAGGAAGAGUUAG